AUGCAAGCAACAGCAACUUGACUGAUCUCUUCUCUGAUUGGACGAUCAUGCUUACGCUCACGCUGGCCAAUCACGAAACAGCUAGGUAGAUAUAAUGCCGGUUUAGGCAACGUGAUGUACUUCUUUCUCGUACUCGAAGAUAAGAAACACGAAAAAUGUCUGGAAGAGGAAAAACCGGAGGAAAAGCCAGAGCGAAGGCUAAGACCCGCUCCUCUCGUGCCGGGCUCCAGUUCCCAGUCGGCCGUGUCCACAGGCUGCUCCGCAAAGGAAACUACGCUCAGCGUGUGGGAGCCGGCGCCCCCGUCUACCUGGCGGCUGUGCUGGAGUACCUGACCGCUGAGAUCCUGGAGCUGGCUGGAAACGCUGCCCGCGACAACAAGAAGACUCGUAUCAUCCCCCGUCACCUGCAGCUGGCUGUCCGCAACGACGAGGAGCUCAACAAGCUGCUGGGCGGAGUGACCAUCGCUCAGGGCGGCGUGCUGCCUAACAUCCAGGCUGUCCUGCUGCCCAAGAAGACCGAGAAGCCCGCCAAGAAGUAAACACCCAGAACCGGCUUUUACCAAACCAACAACGGCUCUUUUAAGAGCCACA